UUCCAUUCCGUGUUAUCUUUGUGUUUCUUUUGGUUUCAGAGUCUCUGCCUUCUAUAUUCUUGGCUUUCCCUUCUUUCGCUCUCACUUCAGAGUCUAAAUUUUUCCCUUUUUGCUUCUUCUUUUUUAUUUUUCGUGUUUUUCAGAGUGAUAUGAGAAGCCGAUCUUAAUUUACUGCGUUGUGUGUCCUGCACUGACUUUGGUUUCUGUGUAAGAAUUCAGAAAUUCAUCGUGAUUCAAGCUUCCAAGUGGAUUUUUGUUUUUCUUAAGCGGCUUUUAAGGCCUAGCUAGGCUUUACAUCAACCUUUUUCCUUCUUUUCCUCUCAUUUUCAUCCAAGAACCAAAUUAAGGAGACCAGUAACUCAACAUCUAAAUUAGAUCUUUUGUCUUUGCGUUCUGUUGAGAUUCUUCUCAUCAGCUCCAAUUAGUUGUACUGUCUCGACCACAUCCAAGUAAAUGUACCAUUCCUGUGCCAUUUACAGAAUAUUCUCUCUCUAUCUCUCUCUAAUUCCAUGCCAAGUGUUUUCACGCUCAGGACUCAGGUGAGCAGAUGGAGAGAUGUUUGUUACAUAUAUUUGCCUCCGAAAUUUAGGGUUUGAUCUUUCCAAAGCCCCUACAAAGUUUAGGGCUUCUCAGUCUCUCUCCCCCCCUCCCCUUUGGCCUUCCCCCACCUUCUCUCUAUCCGACCCACAGCCAUUUUCUCCUUCCAGAUCCUAAUUCAUUUGAAGAGUGACAUGCGCUUCGAAGUCUGAUGGGUUUAAAGCAUGCUCAAGACACUAGAGAGGUACCAGAAAUGCAACUAUGGAGUACCAGAUCACCAGACAAACGUAUCCGCGAGAGAGGCAUUGGAGUUGAGUAGUCAGCAGGAGUACUUGAAGCUUAAAGCACGUUUCGAGUCCCUUCAGCGAACCCAAAGGCAUCUUCUGGGAGAAGAUCUUGGCCCUUUAAGCAUCAAAGAGCUCGAGUCACUAGAAAGGCAGCUGGACGUGUCACUCAAGCAGAUCAGAUCAACACGGACGCAAUCCAUGCUGGAUCAGCUCACUGAUCUUCAACGUCAGGAACACAUGCUCAAUGAAGCAAAUAAGACACUGAAACAAAGGCUGGUGGAAGGAUACCACAUAACUUCACUGCAACUGAAUCCAAAUGACAACGAUGUGGGAUACGGCCGACAGCCUGCUGAAACUCAGAGUGAUGGCUUCUUUCAUCCCUUGUGUGAACCCACCUUGCAAAUUGGAUAUCAGCAUGAUCCUUUACCAGUCGUCACAGCAGGCCCAAGCAUGAAUAACUAUAUGCCAUCAGGGUGGUUGCCAUGAUCAUAAAGAAGGGAAUGAAUGGUGAAACAAGGUAUGCAUGCAUUGAUUGCUUCGACAAGAAUCAGUAUAAUAUCGGUCGUUUUAAUGUUGUCGUUUAAUGGAAACGGACAUUAAUUUGUAAUGGUUCUGAACUAUGUUUAGUUGUCUCUGCAAGUGUGUGUUGAAGCAGUACUAAGCCUCUCUCUUUUUAGCGGCUGCAUAUGCUGUAGGUUUGAGAAUAAUUGUUGUCUGCACGUCAGAAUGGACCAGUUAACAUUUAUGUA